AUGGUGAAACACAAAGCUCACUAUUUUCUUAUUGAGAUCAUACACAACGAUGAUGAUAAGAAAGAACAUAAAACUUUUGGAAUCCUGGGUGCUCUCACAAAGGCUAUACAUGAAAUACACGGAGAGGUUGGAUUAGCGGCCGUCAGAUACUCGCUCAUAGUCAAAGUAACGGAUAAUAAUGUGUUCUGUGUUAAAGUAGAGAGUUCCAAUCAACACUACCUAUCCACUGUUCUUCCUUUUGUCACCAGUAUAACCAGCACACCUCUUGUACUUCGAACCUUAUUUGUUGGCCGAAGUAUAAGGACUUGUGAAAAAUUCUUAGUUAAAUUUCGCCGAAAUGAGUUGUAUGGUCUUUACUCACAAGCAGAGUCAGGAGUUGAAAAGAAGCACAUCCUGAGUGCGUUAGCUGCCGUCACGGGUAAAAUUGAAUGA